CGGGUGCCCCACAUGUACUACAGCGUCCCUGACAUCGACGUCUAUUAUGACAGAAUGCGUCGGUGAAAAGGCUGCACAAUUAACAGGGGGGGUGUGUGGAAUAUAUUAACACUUGGAGCUAGCUUUGCUUUUGGACUGGACGCAUGCAGACAAACCGAGGAUCAUUUGGAAGGAAUUUCACUGAAACGAUGAGUGGGAGCUGGGGAACGGAGCUGUGGGACCAGUUUGAUAACCUGGAGAAACACACACACUGGGGGAUUGAGUUUGUGGAACGCUACAGCAAGUUUGUGAAGGAGCGGUCUGAGAUCGAGCUCAGCUAUGCCAAACAGAUCCGGAACCUGUCAAAAAAGUACCAGCCCAAGAAAAACUCCAGAGAGGAAGAAGAGUACAACAGGUAUACCUCCUGCCGGGCCUUCCUGAUGACGCUGGGGGAGCUGAAUGACUACGCGGGUCAACACGAGGUCAUCGCGGAGAACCUCAGCACACACAUCCUCAGCGAGCUCACGCGCUACAUCCAGGAGCUGAAGGCAGAGAGGAAAUCGCAUUUCCAUGACGGCCGAAGGGCCCAGCAGCACAUUGAGAACUCCUGGAAGCAGCUAGAAUCGAGUAAGCGGCGUUUCGAGCGGGACUGCAAGGAGGCAGACAGAGCCCAGCAGUACUUUGACAAGAUAGACGCAGACAUCAACGUCACCAAGGCUGAUGUGGAGAAGCGCUGCUCUCUCAAGGCGAGGCAGCAAGCCCAGCUGAAGCACCAGGUGGCUGAGGACAGUAAGAAUGAGUACCUGACAUACUUGCAGAAGUUCAACAAGGAGCAGAAUGAACACUACUACACCCUCAUACCUCACAUCUUCCAGCGGAUCCAGGAGAUGGAGGAGAGGAGGAUAGAGAGGGUGGGAGAGUCCAUGAGGACCUUCUCUGAGGUGGACCGGAAGGUCCUGCCCAUCGUCAGCAAGUGUCUGGACGGCAUGACCAAGGCUGCUGAGUCCGUCGAACCCAAAACGGACACGCGCCAGGUGGUGGAGUCCUACAAGUCGGGGUUUGAGCCCCCGGGAGACGUGGAGGUGGAGGACUACGGCGUGGCCAUGCGGAGGACAGUCUCAGAGUCCAGCUACCUCAACAGCCGGGGGGAGGGGGGCAAGCAGAGCCGCCGGAACAGCCGCGGGAAGCUCUGGCCCUUCAUCAGGAGGAACAAGCUCAUGUCUCUGCUAGCCUCGCCCGGGCAGCCCCCUCCCCCCCCUCCCACCUCCCCCUCCCCAGGGGGCGUGGCCAACGGGCCCCCCUCCCCAGGGGGCGUGGCCAACGGGCCCCCCUCCCCUCAACAAGCCAGGGAGCCCCUCCCCCUCUCCCACCGCCUCAACGAGUUCAUGACCUCUGGAUCCAAACACAGGAGACAGUGUCUACGCAGCCUGAAGAGAGGGCUGUCUCUGAAGCUGGGUUCGGGCCCAGAGGACUGCAGCCACCUGCCUCCGGAGCAGAGGAGGAAGAAGCUGCAGUCCAGGAUCAACGACCUGAACAAGGACAUCCAGAAGGAGCUGGACCAGAGGGACGCGCUGACCAAGAUGCGGGACGUGUACAUGAAGAACCCUCACAUGGGCGACCCCAGCAGCGUCGACUCCCGUCUGGAGGAGGUCAUCCAGAACAUCGACAAGCUGCAGCUGGACGCUCGCAAAUACCAGGGCUGGCUGGCGGAGGUGGAGAGCAGGCUGGCUGAGAAGGGGGAUCCCCACAGGAGAGCGAGUGGGCUGUACGACUCCCAGGCCACCGCCCCUGUCAACAGAGAGAGCCCUGACGGCAGCUACACGGAGGACCACAGCACGGAGCGCCACUUUAAGUCCCGCAGCACCGAGUUCGACGAUGACUUUGAUGACGAAGACCCCCUGCCAACCAUCGGCACCUGCAAAUCUCUCUACCCCUUCGAAGGUCAGAACGAGGGCACCAUCUCCAUGGUGGAGGGGGAGCUGCUGUACGUGAUCGAGGAGGACAAGGGUGACGGCUGGACGCGCGUGCGCCGUAACGAGGAGGAGGAGGGAUACGUCCCCACGUCAUACAUCAAGGUGUUCUUCGACACCAACGCCAAAGAUCCCUAGCUGCUGGCAUGGUGGAGACAGGGGAACAGCCUUCUGGGUAAACUCUAGUCAGGCAGACCAGAGAGAGAGGAUGGGGGCAAGGCAGACCAAUUCACCACACACACACACACACACACACACAAGAAUGACCACCUCCAUCUCUAGCCAUCCUCCUCCUCCAGUGUGCUGUGCUCCUCUCUGACUGGAGACGAGGUGUUGUGUUGUGUGUGUUGCCGUGGUGUGUCGUGUGUGUGUGUGUCUUGAUGGCUGCUCCCUCGUUGUUGUCCUGUACAAGACUCCCUCGGUGGCUUCUGCAGACCAAGGGUAGUUUUAAACACGCACACACACACACACACACACUUCUGUUAUAAUCCACCAUGGCAAUCUCUAUAAAAACUACAAACACCAGUGACAUGCAUAAUGUCUAUGUAUUGUCGCUCACAUAUCCGUUUUGGUUUGAAACCGUCAUUGCACAUGUUUGUCCAUGUUCAAGCACCAGUUUGACUACGUUGCCAGAUAAGUGUUGACCCAGCACUAACAGUCGAUCACAGAUCUUUCUCCUCACUCGUUUGCUCUGGUCUUUUGCCUAGCAACAUGCCCGUAAGUGUCAGACAACUCCUCUCUCUGGCUCUACCCAUCAAGGCAGUAACCCUGGUGAUUGUUUCACAGCUCGCUCUCACUUUCUCUCACUCUCUUUCUUUCUCUCUCUGUCUCUCUCUCUCUCUUUCUCUCUCUGUCUCUCUCUCUGUCUGUCAGACAGACAAGCACUCUGUUUCAUGCUAUUUCUUUCUCUCUCUCCUUUUCUCUCUCUCUCUCUGUUUGGUGUGGUGGUUGCUGCUGUUGGGUUGGCAGUGAUGUUUUUGGGCGUGCAUGCAGGCCCUGUCUCUUACCUCCGCCUGAAGCUGUCUGUCUGUCCGUCUGUCUGUGUCUGUGUCACCAUCACCUGUCUGUCCAUCUGUCUGUGUCUCUGUGUCACCAUCACCUGUCUGUCCAUCUGUCUGUGUCUCUGUGUCACCAUCACCUGUCUGUCCAUCUGUCUGUGUCUCUGUGUCACCAUCACCUGUCUGUCUGGUGGUUUGUCCACUCUUGACCUCUCUUGCGUUACAGUAACUCAUCACCUGUGAUCUUCUGUCUUUGGUUUCUCUACCGUACUGGCGCCUGACUGUGCUUUCUAUGAUUUUAAUGAUCACUUCUCUUAUUCUGUUUGGUUGGUUGGUGCAUGUGCCCUUCUCUCCUCUCUCCUCCUCCUCCUCCUCUUCCUCCUCCUCUCUGCCUGACAAGGAAUAAACUGACGUGUUCUCAACAUGUAAACAACGUUAGAUUUGUGUUGAAAUGUGGAUCUACUCUUGAAGCCGCUUAGUAAAAGAGAUGACCAGCCGUUUAUAGUGACCAGACAAGAAUACCCUGUUAUGUCCAUUGAUAAAGAAACACAUAUUACUACUGAACUCAAAGUCUCAGUGUAUUCUGUGAGUAUUUUGUGCUUUGAAUUCACUGCGUACUAUUUCCCAGACUGCUUCCUGUAUGAUGUAAAUAUCUGAGGUAAAUGAUAGGUCUGUCUCUUGACUGUGGGUGGUAACCAUGUAACUCUACUAUUACUAUGGUGUGUGAUACGUGAUACAUAUGCUCAAGCUAGGAAACCCUUAGUUUAUUUAAUUUUGUUGUUUUAAAAAAAAUAGUAAAAUAAUGCUUGUUUUUAUUUAUUUGGGGGAAGAGGAUGCCUGGUUGAUGUUGGUCAGGUUGGGACUGUUCUUCUUCUG